AUGCAUUCUAAUAAAAAUAUUGACUACUUCAAACAACUAUUAAGUUCACAAAAUAAAGAAUCAGUAAUUUUUGAGAAAAAGGUUACUAUUCCUAAUAAAGCACUUGAAGCUAGUUAUAAAGUGGCAGAAUUAAUAGUUGAAAAUAAAAAACCACAUACAAUAGGUGAAUCUUUAAUUCUUCCAGCCUGUUCAGAAAUAGUGCGUAUUAUGUUUGGUAAUGAGGCUGAAGCCGAAAUAAAAAAAAUACCUCUUUCGAAUAAUACUAUUCGUAGACGCGUCCAAGAUAUGUCAGAAGACAUAGAAAAAAAAUGUGGUGGAAAAAAUUAA